AUGGUCUUCGAAUGUAAAGAACUUCUGUGGGUUGUCUUCCAUGGAGGAACCUCGCCUCGGGCACCCUCACUCCUGCCGAGGGCGGGAAGCCCAGGAGACCGGAGAGCACCCUCCGCCGCGGUGGGCAGCGCGGCAGAGGACCUGGGAGACGCACCGGCGGGUCUGCGGCUGCGCGGCCCCGCCCUGUCCAGCCCCUCUUCCACCAGGGCCCGAGUCCCCCUCUCUGGGCGCCCUGCCAACGGGGAGAAAGGCCGGCACUGGAGUGUGAAGUGGGACUCGGACGCGCUCACCAGCCCAGGUAGCACAGGCGGCCGGCCGGGCCGGAGGAGCAUGGAGACCCGGCAGGCGCUGGGCUGGCUCCGACUCUGGCGGCCCCCAUGCACCUGCAGCUCCCUCCGGCAUGGACACCGGUCUCAGGGUCUCUCGACCGGACUUUCCUGGGUCACCGCCGCAGGCAGGCGGGCCACCGAGCUCCAGGAGGAGGACCCUGAGGACUCCGAUGAAGAGCGGGCCCCGAGGCAGCAAGGCAAGGAAUAUAGUUUGAAGGAAUUGUCAGGAACAGAAAAUUGGAUGACUGCAAGUGACUCAGAGCAUGCCCAGAAACCAGUGUCCACUCUUGGAGGAGCAUGUGCCUUUGGAAAGCACACUAGACAAAAAUCGGAACUCAGGACAAACGAGAUGGACGUGAAGAUGUACAGCCUACAGGAAAGAAAGGGCCAUGUGUACCAAGAGGUCAACGAUCCCCAGGAUGAUAACUACCUUUAUUGUGAGAAGUGUCAGAACUUCUUCAUUGACAGCUGUGCUGUGCAUGGACCCCCUACAUUUGUAAAGGACAGUGCAGUGGACAAGGGGCAUCCCCACCGCUCAGCCCUCACCCUGCCCCCUGGGUUGAGAAUCAGGCCAUCGGGCAUCCCUGAGGCUCGGCUUGGAGUGUGGAAUGAGGCAGCUGACUUGCCAGUGGGUCUGCACUUUGGCCCUUAUGAAGGACACAUCACAGAAGAUGGAGAGGCAGCCAAGAGCAGAUACUCCUGGCUGAUCGCCAAAGGGAGAAACUGCUAUGAGUAUGUGGAUGGAAAGGACAGGUCCUGGGCCAACUGGAUGAGGUAUGUGAACUGUGCCCGGGAUGAUGAAGAGCAGAACAUGGUGGCCUUUCAAUACCACAGGCAGAUUUUCUACCGAACCUGCCGGGUCAUCAGGCCGGGCUGUGAGCUGCUGGUCUGGUUCGGGGAUGAGUAUGGCCAGGAGCUGGGCAGCAAGUGGGGCAGCAAGUGGAAGACAGAGCUUGCAGCCAGGAGAGAACCAAAGCCAGAGGUGCACCCAUGUCCCUCCUGCUCUCUGGCCUUCUCCAGUCAGAAAUUCCUCAGCCAGCACGUGAAACUCAAUCAUCCCUCUCAGAUUCUCCCAGGAACAUCUGCAAGAAAACACCUCCAAGCAGAGGACCCCUGUCCAGAGGAUCAGAAUCAGCAGCAGCAACGUACUUGUACACACAGCUGGAAUGAUAAGGCUAAAUGUCAAGAGCUCAAAGAAAGAUCCAAAGCUUUGCUUAAAAGGAUCAGUCACAAGAGACUCUCAAGACCCUUUUUCCAACCUUCCAAAGAACAAAUGACAAGUUCUAGUGAGCAUGAGAGAAUGAUGGAGGAAGAGCCCUGCAGAGGCCAGGAAGAGAGUCCAGAGGACACAGGCAAGUUAUUUGUGAAAGCAGGAAUGUCAAAAAUUUUACGAAUCCAGCACGGUGGGUGCUGGCAAGGCUUCAAUGAUGGGUCACAUCUCAUCCCACACCAGAGAACACAGUCUGGAGAGAAGCCCUAUGUUUGCAGGGAGUGUGGGCGAGGCUUUACAUCGAAGUCAUGUCUCACCAGACACCAGAGGACACACUCAGGGGAGAAGCCCUAUGUUUGCAGGGAGUGUGGGCGAGGCUUUACAUCGAAGUUCGUUCUUAUCACACACCAGAGGACACAUUCAGGGGAGAAGCCCUAUGUUUGCAGGGAGUGUGGGAAAGGCUUUAAACAGAAGUCAAGUCUCAUCACACACCAAAGGACACACUCAGGGGACAAGCCCUAUGUUUGCAGGGAGUGUGGGCGAGGCUUUACAUGGAAGUCACAUCUCAUCACACACCAGAGGGCACACUCAGGGGACAAGCCCUAUGUUUGCAGGGUGUGUGGGCGAGGCUUUACACAGAAGUCACAUCUCCUCAGACACCAGAGAACACACACUGGGGAGAAGCCCUAUGUUUGCAGGGAGUGUGGGCAAGUCUUUACACAGAAGUCACAUCUCAUCACACACCAGAGGACACACUCAGGAGAGAAGCCCUAUGUUUGCAGGGAGUGUGGGCGAGGCUUUACAUGGAAGUCAGAUCUCAUCAGACACCAGAGGACACACUCUGGGGAGAAGCCCUAUGUUUGCAGGGAGUGUGGGAAAGGCUUUAAACGGAAGUCAAGUCUCAUCACACACCAAAGGACACACUCAGGGGAGAAGCCCUAUGUCUGCAGAGAAUGCAGGCGAGGCUUUACACGGAAGUCAUAUCUCAUCACACACCAGAGGACACACUCAGGGGAGAAGCCCUAUGUUUGCAGAGCUUGUGGGCGAGGCUUAACACGGAAGUCAUAUCUCAUCACACACCAGAGGACACACUCAGGGGAGAGGCCCUAUGUUUGCAGGGAGUGUGGGCGAGGCUUUACAUGCAAAUCAAGUCUCAUCACACACCAGAGGGCACACUCAGGGGACAAGCCCUAUGUUUGCAGGGAGUGUGGGCGAGGCUUUACAUGGAAGUCACAUCUCAUCACACACCAGAGGGCACACUCAGGGGACAAGCCCUAUGUUUGCAGGGGACAGACCCUGGAGUUCUCCCAGAAGGCUUAG